CUCGCGGUUACUCAGUCAUUCCUAACACUACUGUGUGAACGUCUCGUUGUGCCUUAGUUUCUAUAUUUGUAACGUCAAAUAAAUCUUACAAUGACGAUCGACCUGUAUUACGUGCCCGGUUCCGCCCCUUGCAGGGCUGUCCUGCUGACGGCGAGGGCUCUGAACCUGAACCUCAACUUGAAGCUCGUGGACUUGCAUCACGGUGAACAUUUGAAGCCUGAAUACCUGAAGAUCAAUCCCCAACACACAGUUCCUACUCUUGUAGAUGAUGGUUUCUCUAUAUGGGAGUCGCGCGCCAUCAUAACCUAUCUAGUGAACAAAUACGGCAAGGGAACCACCCUGUACCCCGAGGAGCCGAAGGCGAGGGCACUCGUCGACCAGAGGCUGUACUUCGACAUCGGCACUCUGUACCAGAGAUUUUCUGAUUAUUUCUAUCCCCAAGUGUUCGGUGGAGCCCCAGCAGACAAAGACAAGGCAGCCAAAAUCGAGGAGUCUCUCAAACUCCUGGACACAUUCCUGGAGGGGCAGAAGUACGUGGCAGGCCCCAACCUAACCGUCGCUGAUCUGAGUCUCAUCGCAGGCGUAUCCAGUUUCGAGGCCACUGAUAUCGACUUCAAGAAGUACUCCAACAUUAAGAGAUGGUACGAGACAGUGAGAACCACUGCACCAGGAUACCAAGAGGCUAACGAGAAGGGUCUGGAAGCCUUCAAGGCGCUCGUGAACAGUAUGCUCAAGAAGUAAACCAAAACUGACAGUUCUUACACAUUUGUUACAAAACAAAAUACACCUCUCAAAUACUGCCACGCAAAUAUAAACACUGUUUUUCAUGUUACAUUUAAGUGUAAGUUUAGUAAUAAGGCACAAAUAAAUUAUAUUAUA